AUGUCGGAUCACUUGGAUACUCUCCUCGGAGACAAGAGCGUUGGAUCCAUAGAUAUAACCACGGACUCUGAUUUCACUCUACCCGAAUUCCCAGAAUCGGUGACGAUAGAAGAUGUGGUUGCCGAACUGAAGACAUGCUAUGAUGCUUCCAACGAUCUCCGGUAUAUCGAGACUGCCCUGCACUUCCUAACGGACGCCGUGGAUACUGCUGCCGCACCAAGCCCCGCUUGGCUCUUCGACGUCGGGGUGCUAUUGACCACUCGCUAUACACAACUUGGUCACUCGGGGGAUCUCGACGCCGCGAUCGCCAUGAGCGGUCGCGCGGUCCACCUCCUGCCAGACGAUCACCCGGAUGAAGCCAUAUAUCGUCACGCUUUUGGAGUCUCGCUCACCCGCCGUUUCAGAAACAGCCAUAAUCUCGAAGACUUGAAAGAUGCUCUCUUGGAACACCGCCGCGCGCUAGAACUUACUCUAGAUAGUGAUACCGCCAAAGCGAGACGCACCCUCGAUGUCUCAACAUUGCUCCAGGAAUUACAUGAACGUACAGGCGAGGUCGAAGACCUGAACGAAGCUAUCGCGCUACUUCAGCGUAGCAUGGAACUUGUGCCGGAAGAUCAUCCCGACUUCAUUGCGACGUCUGACCGUGGAGUCGAUGCCACGUCAGACGGUAGCUCUGUACUCCUGGCAAUGACCAUGGGAUCUCUAUCCGAAGCUCUCCACAGUCGAUUUGAGGCUGCUGGGAGACUGGAAGACCUGAAUGAAUGCAUUGAAAUGCAAUGGCGUGCGCUCGAAUUGAUACCUUCCAGGCGUCACGAAAGGUCCAGCCUCUUGCACAACCUCAGUAGCUCGUUGCACAGUCGUUUCAGACGACAAGGCCACGCCCGAGAUCUUGACGAUGCGAUUACAGCAAUCCGCGACGCUCUGAGACUCCUAGGUGAUGAUGAGCACCCUGAGAAGGCAACAUACUUGAGCACUCUCGGGAAGGUUUUUCAGUCUCGCUUUGAGCGCAUGAAAGAUCCUCUCGAUAUCGAGCACGCUGUUUCCCUACAGCGCCGAGCUCUCGAGCUCACUUCUGACACUCAUCCCGAUAGGCCGAAAAGGCUGGCUGACAUUGGCCAUGCGUUGUACUUCCAGUACCUGCAGAGCAAUGUACCCGGUGACCUCCCUGACGCUGUCGCAUUCCUUCGCCGAGCCGUUGAGCUCACAGGCGACGAUCACCCUGAGCUCCCGAUGAGGCUCAGCAACUAUAGUCUGGUACUGCAUGCACAGUUCGACGCGAAUAGAGACCUGGACGUUCUUUCACUUGCCAUCUCGACACUCGAACGCGCGACAGAACUCACCGACGACGAGCUCUCUAGUAAGCCUAUCAUGCUUCUCAAUCUGAGCGGCUUGUAUGGAUCUCGCUAUGAGCAGCUCCAAGAGCAUGCCGAUCUCGAAAACGCCAUAGUCGCAAGCCGGAACGCGCUCGAACUGAUGCCCGAAGAGCAUGUCAUGAAAGUAGCUGCGCUGUACAACCAUGGGAUGGCCCUAUACAGCCGCUUUAUCAGCGAUCCGAAGCUGAGGAACUUCGAAGCGGCGUAUACGUGCUUCAUGAAGGCCACGUCGGAGCGAUUCGGAGAUCCUACCUGGCGCCUCCAGGCCGCCAUGCGAUGCACGGGCGUAUGGCUUGAUCAUCCCGAGUUCGGCGCGACUGAAGCCCAGUUGCGAGCGCAUGCGCGCAUUCUUGAGCUCCUCCCUGAGAUCGUAUGGCUUGGCCACUCUGUGAAACGGCGUUAUGAAGAACUGGUUCGAUUUGGGCGACUCGUCAAUAUCGCCGUGUGCGCAGCUAUCCUUGCAGAUAAUCCGCACCAGGCUGUUGAAUGGUUCGAAGCCGGAAGGGCAUUUGUAUGGUCACAGAUCUUCUCCCUGCGUGUGCCGGUGGAAGAUCUCCAAAAGCAAGAUCCUGAGCUCGCUCUCGAGCUAUUGGACAUACGUUCAAAACUGCAGCGCCUGGGGCAUACGGCGCCUGAGCAAGACUCUCCGCCGAUUACCUCCGUGAACGAUAUCACGGGCUUCGCCGCCGCUGCCACGGUCGAAGAUCGUCGUCGACUGGUUAUGCAGCACGAUCAGAUAGUGAACAAGAUUCGUCGCCGUCCGGGUUUCGAACGCUUCCUACUACCCCAAGGCUUCCAGGACCUUACCUCCAUUUUGGAAGAGGUUGAAGCCGGUCCGGUGAUCUUUGUCAAUGUUGCACAUGCCCUGGUUCUUGAGGGUUGUACUGUGAAGAUCGUCUGGCUUACGGACUUCACGGAAGAGUGCGCAAGAGAGCUACGCUCUCACUACCAGGGAUACUUGACAGCACAUGGCAUACGAGAACGCGCAAUGGUCUCCAGCGGCCGAGGCAUGCGCGGCUCGUUGUCGGACGUUUUCAAACUUGUUCUAGGAAAACUGUGGAAGCUGGUCGCAUACCCCAUCUUGAAUGCCCUGGAUCUGCUAGACAAUACCUCAAGCGACAGUCUUCCUCAUAUCACUUGGUGUCCCGUGGGACCUAUCACCCAGUUACCGCUUCACGCCGCAGGCAUAUACGGCGGUGCGCAGCGCGGACCCUGCAUCUUCGAUUACGUCGUAUCGUCGUAUACGCCUUCUCUAAGCGCAUUGCAGCGAUGCUACAGCGCCUCUAUCUCGAUGAGCGAGCAAACCUCGACCUCGAAGGUAUUGGUUGUAACACAAGCCGAAACGCCUGGCCAAUCACCGCUCCCAGGUACGUUGGAUGAAAGCGCACGCUUGCGCACGAUCUUUCCCAAAGGGGAGAACACAUAUCUAGAGGGCAGAGGGGCCACCUUGGGAGGUGCUCUUGAAGUUCUUCAACAGUAUCCAUGGGUUCACUUCGCUUGCCACGGGUCGCAGAACCGGGACGACCCGACACAAAGCGCCUUUCACCGGUACGACGGUGCCUUGACUUUAUCCGCGCUCAUGGACACGGUCUCAAGCAAUGCGGAGAUCGCGUUCUUGUCUGCAUGUCAGACCGCGACCGGUGACGAGAAGAUACCGGAGGAGUCCGCUCACCUCGCGGCUGGCAUGCUCGCCGCGGGCUUCAAGGGUGUUGUGGCGACGUUGUGGUCAAUCCGCGACGAAGACGCGCCUGUAGUCGUGGAGGAGUAUUAUAAGAAACUCAUCGCUCUUCGUAGCUCGGGAGCAGUUGACGAAGGGCAAACGGGCGCCGCGUGCGCGCUUCAUCAUGCGGUAAAGCGGCUAAGAGACGAGGUCGGGGAAAGUCAGUUUGAGAGAUGGGUGCCGUUCGUUCACUUCGGAGUUUGA